ACCCCGCCGUCAGAUCCUCCACCGGCGGCUGGAGAUCCGCCGGAUUCAUCAUCUGCCUGGAUAUGGCGGAGAGGUUCGCCAACUUUGGGAUAUCUUCGAAUCUGAUAACGUACUUGACGGGUCCAGUGGGCCUAUCGACGGCGGCUGCGGCGGCCAGCGUCAACGCCUGGUCGGGAACGGCCUUGCUCCUUCCGCUGCUCGGUGGCUUCGUCGCUGACUCGUUUCUCGGCCGUUUCCGUACCAUCAUCUUCUCCUCUCUUCUCUACGUCUCGGGACUUGCACUACUGACGUAUUCAACGAUGGUUCCAUCCCUCGCAUCUCACGCAACUCAUCUCCAAGUGGUUUUGUUCUUCUGCGCUCUGUAUCUGGUAGCAAUCGCGCAAGGAGGGUACAGACCGUGUGCUCAGGCAUUUGGAGCUGGUCAGUUCGACGAGCACGACCCACGAGAGAGCAAAGCCAAGAGCUCCUACUUCAACUGGAGGUUCUUCUGCAUCUGCGCCGGCAUCUUGAUCAGCCGCUUGCUCUUGAACUACAUCCAAGACAACCUCAGUUGGGCUGUCGGCUACGCCAUUCCCUGCCUCAUGAUGUUACUUGCGCUUAUCAUCUUCCUGCUUGGACGUAGGAAUUACCGCUUCAGCGGCGGAGGAAAACAACGAAGCCAGUUUUCAAGAAUCGGUGACGUUUUCGUCGAGGCUGUGAAGAAUCGGAGGAUACCAGCCGACGAAGAAGAAACCCUCGGAAUCCUGUCCCGGAAAACUUCACAGCAGUUUGGAUUCUUGAACAAGGCGGCUUUCGGGGUUUGCAGCAUUGAUGAUGUCGAAGAAGCAAAAGGGGUACUGAGGCUGGUUCCGAUAUGGGCAACAUGCUUAGUCUACGCCAUUGCAUUUGCACAGAACACGACUCUUUUCACGAAGCAAGGAGCGACAAUGGACAGAAGGAUCACAUCGGGGUUCGACAUCCCUGCAGCCACGCUCCAAUGCUUCAUCAGCUUAGCCAUCGUCAUCUUCAUCCCCAUUUACGACCGGAUACUUGUCCCUGUCGCAAGAUCCAUCACACGUCGCCCAACAGGAAUCACGAUGCUCCAGAGAAUAGGCACCGGAAUAUUCCUAUCCUUUGUCACGAUGGUAAUAUCGGCAUUAGUGGAAAUGAAAAGACUCAGAACGGCUAGAGACCACGGCCUGGUGGAUCGGCCAGAAGCGACGAUCCCAAUGAGCGUGUGGUGGUUGGUCCCUCAGUACUUC